CUGUUAGGUACAAAUUUUUGUAUCUAGGGGAUCUUUACUUCACAAAAAGUCUAAAUACUAAACACUGAUUUUCAAGGCUCGAGUUCUGGCUACAAAUACCCAGAACUGAAUGUACAAGGAUCAAACUGAUCCUUCCAAAAUGGAACUCAAAUUUCCCUCUUUUCCCCUUAUUUUCAUCUCCUUCGCCUUCAUAUUCCUUCUGCUGAAAUUAUUCAGUAAUUUUCAAAGAUUUAGGAGAAUGAAGUUGCCACCAGGUCCAGUGAAGCUGCCUCUAAUUGGAAACUUGCACCAGCUUGCAAUAGCCGGUUCAGUACCACAUCAUGCCCUGAGAAACUUGGCCGGAAAAUAUGGGCCUAUUAUGCACUUACAACUUGGUGAAAUUUCUGCAGUCAUCAUAUCAACGCCUAGAGCUGCCAAAGAGGUGCUGAAAACACAUGAUCUCGCCUUUGCGUCGAGGCCAAAAUUUCUGUCUCCAGAAAUCAUGGCAUAUAAUUAUUUAGACAUAGCUUUUGCUCCCCAUGGUGGAUACUGGAGACAGAUGCGGAAAAUUUGCACCUUGGAGCUCCUGAGCCUCAAGAAUGUUCGUACAUUUAGUUCUAUUCGAGAGGAGGAGGCCUUUGAUCUUGUUGAAUCCAUCACAUCGUCUUUUUUUUCACCAAUUGAUUUGACUCAAAAGGUAUUUUCAUACGCAAACAAUAUUAUUUGCAGAUCAGCAUUUGGAAAGAGAUUCAAGAAUCACGAGGAACUGAUACAGUUGACCAUCGAGUUAACGGACUCUGCUGGGGGUUUUGAUGUUGCUGACUUGUUUCCUUCAAUCAAAAUCCUUCAAAACAUUAGCGGAUUGAAAUCCAAAUUGAUGAAGCUGCAUUACAAAAUUGAUCAGAUCUUAAACAGCAUCAUUGAGGAGCAUAAAGAGAGAUUGGCAAAUACAGUAAAGUUUAAUGGUCAAUCGAGUGAGGAAGAUCUAAUUGAUGUUCUCCUAAGACUUAAAGAAACAGGCGAUCUCGAAUUUCCUAUCACAAUCAACAGUAUGAAAGCUAUCAUCCUGGACAUUUUUUCUGCUGGAACAGAUACUUCUGCAACAACAAUAGAAUUCGCUAUGGCAGAAAUGAUGAGACACCCUAGUGUGUUGGAAAAAGCGCAAGCUGAACUAGGACAAAUUCUUAAAGGGAAGGAUAGAAUACAGACAAAUGAUUUGGAGGGACUGGACUAUUUGAAGAUGGUGAUCAAAGAAACUCUAAGGCUCCAUCCAUCUCUUCCUUUGUUACUACCUAGAGUAUGCAGGGAGCACAAAGAAAUUGAUGGAUACAAUAUACCCACUGAAACCAAAGUAAUUUUGAAUGCCUUCUCAAUCAACAGAGAUCCCGAAUAUUGGAAUGAUGCUGAGAGUUUCGAACCAGAGAGAUUUGCAGAAAGUGGUAUUGAAUUCAUAGGAAAAAACUUCGAAUAUGUCCCUUUCGGGGGAGGAAGAAGGAUAUGUCCGGGCAUAUCAUUUGGUUUAGCCAAUGUUGAGCUUCUUCUUGCUCAACUACUUUACCACUUUAAUUGGAAACUUCCUGAUGGGUUGAAGCCUGGAGAUCUAGACAUGACCGAGAUACUUGGGCUAACUAUUCGAAGGAAAAGCAAGCUAUAUUUGGUUCCUACUCCUCGUACGCCACUUAGUAAAUAUUACUACUGUUAGCGGUGGACGAUGCAGAAGUUACUAAGAUUUUGAACUUCCAGAAUUAUGAUGCACCUUACCACAACCUGAACUUUGCAUCACACUGAUGAAUCUAAGUCUUAUAUGCUGUCAACGCAGCUAAAUCCUAGAAUUGUUCUUUAACAUAUACCAAAUUUCUUGCCAGCCUCAUUUUCAUAUGUUCUAUAUAAUAAAAUAACUUAUGAAGAAGCCAUUUUUCUUUCACUCUCUAAAAUAGCAAACCUUGCAUCCAGGGGAAUCUUUCCUUUAGUAAAAGUUUAUAUAUGCCCCCCGAGCAUAGUCCAGUGGUGCAAAGGGUAGGAGUGAGGUUAUCUCACGCGUUGUUGAUAGCAGCAGUGUGGAGAUUCGAUUCCUGAGACAUGAAAUUGGACUCAUUGUAGGCGCAGUGUAUAGGCAGCUGUUGUUUCCUAGUCUGUUGGGGCACAUCCCGCGAUUUACCUCCCUCACAAAACUCUAAGAACGGGGCAGUGGGGGCCCUCAAGGCUGGAGUUCAACCUUUAUAUAUAGUUUAGACCCUAGACAACCUUGAAUUUGAGACUGCUUCAUAGGAUGUUUAUUAUUUCUUCUGAUUCUUAUAGAAGAGCUUCCUAACAAUUAUACUUUAAA